GGCUGCCCCACCACAUGUUGACGACUUCAAACUCGUGCGGCGCUGGCAAACCACAUGCAGUGCCGGCCCCUUUAACGCGCUCGACAUCUCCCACGCCCCGAGACCAACAGUAGCCGCAGAUCUCUCUCCAAACCGCCAACGCCAUGGUCCAAUCGUCAAGCGCUAACGCCGCCGCUGCGUCGCAGCCUUUCGUCUCCAAGUGGGCUGCGCGGUAUCGUGGGGCCGUCGUCUCGGACCUCGACCCCCCGGCCGCCCUCUCCCUGACCCCCUCGGACCCGGUCGGGCUGGCGCUGCAGUCGGCGUUCGAGCGCGAGUACACGCACCUGACCAUCGUCGACGGCACCACGCGCGCCCUGCUGGGCUACAUCUCGAUCCCGAACCUGCAGGGGCUGAUGGAGGAGGGCAAGGCCAAGCCCGAGGACGAGAUCCGGUCCGUCAUGACGCGGUUCCGCCGCGGCAAGGGCGGGAGCCCGUACACGGUCAUCACGCUCGACACGCCCCUCGAGCAGCUCGAGGCCUUCUUCGCCGGCGCCAACCACGGGGGGCAGAGGCAGGACUUUGCGGUGGUGACGGACGACCGCCGCCGCUUCGUGCUGGGCGUCGCGACCGCCGCGGACCUGGAGGAGUUUGUCAAGAGGCGGCCGGAGUAGGGGAGGGGUUUGGCUGGUUGGCUGGUUGCAUGUGCCUGGGUGGGGAGCGAUAUCGUCAAGCGUUGAUGAAAGACAAAAGAAAAGGAGGGGACCAGAUGGGCAGGAAAUACUUGGCAAAAGAAAGCUCAACGGCGAAUUGGAGUUUGACUUUUUGUCAUCGGGAAAGGGGGCAUCAACGGGCGUUUAUGGGAUCUUUUCAAACUACAGGGACACGGCUCUCCCCUUGUCUGGGCAGGCACAUGUCUUUUAGAGCUAUUCAACAUCGGCCAUUGCUUGA